AAGCAAAAGAUUCUUAAACGUUUCGAAGCUUCAUUCGAGAUCAUAAAUACACAAACGCUAGGCUUGUUUUAAACCAAAUACAUUCGUGUGUGGUUAUAUACAAAACUGACAGAAUCAAACGCGACUGACUGAGCGAUCUAUGGAAUAAACGGAGAACAUUUCCUGGUGAUAAAGAUGGAGAAUCGUGAAAACAAUCGGACCACAGAAACACCAGAUGUGAAGAUGAAAACCUGCCAGUCCUCACCUAUGCGAGAGCAGAAGAAUGAAACAGAUGGUCAGAUCGAAGUGAAAGAAGAUUUUGUCACUUGCCAUGAAUGUGGGAUGGAUUUUUUUGAUCAAGCAAGUCUUGAGCAGCACACGAGAAUUCACACAGAAGAGAAACUGUUCGUCUGUCCACAGUGUGGAAAGAGUUUCCCAGUGCAACACAGGCUUGAAGCUCAUUUAAGGAUUCACACUGGAGAGAAACCAUUCAGUUGCACAGAGUGUGGAAAGUGUUUCACGCAACAAGGUCAGAUUAAAAGUCACAUGAGAAGUCACACUGGAGAGAAACCUUUCACUUGCCCUCAAUGUCAAACUAGUUUCACAUCGAAACAAAGCCUUAAAAGUCACAUUAGAAUUCACACUGGAGAAAAACCUUUCACCUGCUCUGAGUGUGGAAAGAGCUUCAUAACACAAGGAUACCUUAAACGUCACAUAAAAACUCACACUGGUGAUAAGCCUUUCACCUGUCCUCAAUGUGGAAAGAGUUACAAAUUGCAAGAAAGCCUUGAGAGUCACAUAAGAGUUCACACCGGAGAGAGGCCGUUCGUCUGCCCUCAGUGUGGAAAGGGUUUCACAGCAAAACAGUGUCUUAAAAGUCACUUAAGCAUUCAUAUUGGAGAGAAACCUUUCAACUGCUCCAUCUGUGGGAUGAGCUUCACACAACAUCAAAGUCUUAAACAUCACAUGUGCACUCACACAGGAGAGAAGCCUUUCAUUUGCCCUGAAUGUGGAAAGCGUUUCACAAUAAAACAACGCCUUGACAUUCACAUGAGAAUUCACUCGGGGCAGAGACCCUUUUCCUGCUCUCAGUGUAGAAAGAGUUUUACAGUAAAACUUAACCUUGCGAGACAUAUGAGAGUUCACACUGGAGUGAAGCCUUUCUCGUGCCCUCAGUGUGGAAAGAGAUUCACAGUGAAACAAAGCCUCGAGAGUCACAUGACCAUUCACACUGGAAAGAAGCCUUUCACCUGCUCCGAGUGUGGAAAGGGUUUCACGAGUAAACCUAAGCUUAGCUAUCACAUGAGAAAUCACUCAGGAGAGAGGCCUUUUAUAUGUUCUAAGUGUCCAAAAAGUUUCACAGUGAAGCAAAACCUUGAUAUUCACAUGAGAAUUCACUCUGGAGAGAAACCUUUUUCCUGCUCUCAGUGUGGAAAAAGUUUCACAAUGAAACAAAACCUUGACAUUCACAUGAGAAGUCACACUGAUGAGAAGCCUUUCACCUGCUCUCAAUGUGGAAAGAGUUACAAAGUGCAGCAAAGCCUUGAGAGUCACAUGAGAGUUCACACUGGAGAGAACCCUUUCACCUGCUCCGAGUGUGGAAAGAGUUUCACAGUUAAACAAAGCCUUAUGAAUCACAUGAGAAUUCACACUGGAGAGAAACCUUUCACUUGCUCCGAGUGUGGAAAGAGUUUCACAGUCAAACAAAGCCUUAUGAAUCACUUGAAAAUUCACACUGGAGAGAGGCCUUUCACCUGCCCUCAGUGUCCGAAGAGUUUCACACAACAAGCAAACUUUAAGCAGCACAUAGGCAUUCACACUGGAGAGAAGCCAUUCAUCUGCCCUCAGUGUGGAAAAACAUUCAUAUUUAAACAAAGCCUUGAGAGACACAUCAGAAUUCAUACUGGAGAGAAACCUUUUUCCUGCUCUGAAUGUGGGAUGAGUUUCAUAGAGAAACAAAAACUUAAUAUUCACAUGAGAAAUCACACGGGAGAACAGCCUUUCAUCUGCCCUCAGUGUGGAAAGAGCUUCACAUUUAAACAAAGCCUUGAGAGACACAUGAGAAUUCACACCGGAGAGAAGCCUUUUACCUGCUCCGAGUGUGGGAUGAGCUUCAUAGAGAAACAAAAGCUUAAAAUACACAUUAGGAUUCACACCGGAGAGAAACCUUUCAGCUGCCCUCAAUGUGGAAAGAGUUUUAGAGUAAACAGGAGCCUUAAGAGACACAUGAGCAUUCACACUGGAGAGAAACCUUUCGGAUGUACCCAUUGUGCAAAGCGUUACACAGUGAAACAACACCUUGAGAAUCACAUGAGAAUUCACACUGGAGAGAAACCUUACACUUGCACGGAGUGCGGAAGCAGUUUCAUGGAACAACGACAACUUAUAAUCCACAUGAGGAUUCAUACUGGGGAGAAGCCUUUCACUUGCCCUCAAUGUGGAAAGAGUUUCACACAACAAGGACAGUUGAAAUGUCACAUGAGAAUUCACACUGGAGAGAAACCUUUCACUUGCACUCAGUGCGGAAAGUGUUUCACAGUGAAAAGUACGCUUGACAGUCACAUGAGAGUUCACACUGGAGAGAAACCUUUCAGCUGCUUUCAGUGUGGAAAGAGUUUCAUUCAACAAGGGCAACUUCAAAUUCACAUGAGCGUUCAUACUGGAGACAAGCCUUUCAUCUGUCCGUAUUGUAUGAAGAGUUUCCCGCUGAAGCAUGGCCUUGAGAGACACAUGAGAAUUCACACUGGAGAGAAACCUUUCAGCUGCUUUCAGUGUGGAAAGAGUUUCAUUCAACAAGGGCAACUUCAAAUUCACAUGAGCGUUCAUACUGGAGACAAGCCUUUCAUCUGUCCGUAUUGUAUGAAGAGUUUCCCGCUGAAGCAUGGCCUUGAGAGACACAUGAGAAUUCACACUGGAGAGAAGCCUUUCAGCUGCUCUGAGUGUGGGAUAAGCUUCAUAGAGAAACAAAAGCUUAAUAUUCAUAUGAGAAUUCACACUGGAGAGAAACCAUUCAGCUGUUCUGAGUGUGGAAAGAGUUUUACAGUGAACCGGAGCCUGAAGAGACACGUGAGAAUUCACACUGCAGAGAAACCAUUCACCUGCACCCAAUGUGGAAAGAGUUUCAUGGAACAAGGCCACCUUGAAAGUCACAUGGGAAUUCACACUGGAGAAAAGCCUUUCACCUGCUCCGAGUGUGGAAAGAGUUUCACGGUGAACAGAAACCUUAGGAGACACAUGAGCAUUCACACAGAAGAGAAGCCUUACACCUGCCCUCAGUGUGCAAAGAGCUUCACAGAACACGGACAACUUAAAAGUCACAUAACCAUUCACACUGGAGAGAAAUCUUUCGCCUGCUCUGAAUGUGGAAAGAGUUUCACAGUGAAACAAGGCCUCAAGAGACACCUAAGAAUUCACAUUGGAGAGAAGAAUUUCACUUGCUCUGAAUGUGGAAAGCGGUUCAUCCAGCAAGGACACCUUCAAAACCACAUGCGAAUUCACACUGGAGAGAAGCCUUUCAUCUGCUGUGUGUGUGGAAAGGGUUUCACGAUGAACAUUUCUCUUGAGAGGCACAUGAAAAUUCACACUGGAGAGAAGCCUUUCAGCUGCUCUUAUUGUAUGAUGAGUUUCACAGUGAAACAAGGUCUUGAGAGACACAAGAGAAUUCACACUGGAGAGAAACCAUUCACCUGCUCUGAGUGUGGAAAGAGUUUCAUGCAACAAGGACACCUUCAAAUUCACAAAAGAUUUCACACCGGAGAGAAACCUUGUAUCUGCUCUGAAUGUGGAAAGAGUUUCACAGUGAAACAAAGCCUGAAAAGUCACAUGAGAAUUCACACUGUAGAGAAAACUUCCAACAGAUUGGAGGAGUCUCCUCUACCACCACCUGUGUGCUUCAUCCAUCCAGAUAAUGUAGUCAGUCAUAGCGUACCAGGACACCCACCAGCUAACGGAGGAGAGUGAUUAGUCAAACUAGUUGAAAGAUUAGGAGGCCAGGACUGAUAAGAGACCAAUGGAUGCCAAUAAAAACACAU